CGCGUCUGCGCUCCUCCGCAGGUCCGCGAGAUCCCAGGCAGCCAGCCUCGCCUCGGCUGCGGCUUGCUUUAUUGUGGUUUUCGUCUUACCGUGCUUGUUCUGAAAACCCCAUCGAACUUGGGGUCGUUUUCCAGAGCCAUGAAGGUAGCGCUGCCCAAGGACCUGGAGCAGGAAGCCAAACUCGCCAAGAGGUCAUAUGCGGAGCUGUGCAGGCAGCAGCGGGUCUUCAACGCCAGGAACAGGAUCAUCGGGGGAGACACACAAGCCUGGGAUAUUCAGGUUCAUGACCAGAGGAUAAAAGAAGCAACGGAAAAAGCUAGGCAUGAAACCUUUGCUGCUGAAUUGAGGCAAAAUGACAAAAUCAGGUGCAUAUUAGACGACCGGGAGAAGAGAGAUAGGAAGUAUCUCUGCCGAGCUAUCAACGACUUCCAACAGAACUGUCAGAAUCCAGAGACUCGCCGAGAAUUUGAUCUAUCUGACCCACUAGGCCUUAGGAAAGAGCUUCCAGCCCGGCAGUCAGACAGGGAUUUCCGGAACACAAUAUCAGGGAUGCAGAAGUUUAUGGGCGAAGACCUAAACUUCCGGGAGAGGAAGAAAUUCCAAGAAGAACAGAUGAGAGAAUGGUCCUUACAACAGCACAGAGAAUGGGAGAAAGCCCGUGCUGACCAAAAGUUUGCAGAGGACCACCACACACAGACCAGGCUGAAGUUUGAUGAGACAGCCAGACACCUACAGAAGCUGGAAAGCACCACCAGGAAGGCUGGCUGUGCAGCUGUGAAAGAGUUCAACAAGAACCAGGCCAUGGAGUCAGCGGGAAGGAGGAAACAAGAGAAAAGGCAAGAGCAGGAGGACAACGUGGCUGAGAUCUCCAACCUGCUGCGGGGGGACCUGCUCUCCGAGAACCCGCAGCAGGCGGCCAGCGCCUUGGGGCCGCACCGCGUGGUCCCCGACCGCUGGAAGGGCAUGAGCCGGGAGCAGCUGGAGGACAUCCGCCUGGCCCAGAAGCAGCAGAUCCAGGAGAAGCUGCGGCUCCAGGAGGAAGCGCGCCAGCGGGACCUGGACUGGGACCGGCGGCGGGUGCAGAGGGCUCGCGUGGAGCUGCUGGACGAGCGGCGGCAGCAGCGGCAGCAGCGUGACCAGCGCAGAGCCCUGGACCGCGGCAACCUCAGCCUGGCCACCGAGCGGCGUCUGCAGAAAAAGUAUAUGGAUGAAAUCCAUGCAAAUCAACCCACGGAAGAUUAUUUUGCUCAAUUUAAUACAAGGAGCCGAUAAUGCACAUGACCCCUCAGUCUGCGAAUAAAGUGUGGCCGCCUCAAAGCA